AUGUCCGAAACCACGUGGGCCAGAAGUCCCGAGCAGGAUGGCGAAUCAUACGAGAAGUGGCAGCCUUAUGGCCAGUCCAAGACUGCCAAUUGCCUCAUGGCAGUGUCCUUAGCCGAGAAGCUGGCCAAGCGCCACCUCCGAGCAUACAGUCUACACCCUGGGGUGAUCCAUUCCAACCUUGGUACUCCCCUUGACUGGACUGUCGAGAUGGGAGCCCUCAUCGAUGAGCUUACCGGUCGAAACCGUCUCAUAGAUGCCGCGGAUAUGAUAUUUGGGAAUCCCCACGUCUGGUGGGCUUUCUCGGACUUCAUGUUCCUCACACACGACGGGGACGCGGCCACCUGUGUAUAUGCGGCUUUUGACCCAGAACUCGAUGCGGUGCAUGGGUAUCUUGUCGACUGCCGCAUUGCGGAUCCAGCCAAGGACACUGUCAAUCCUUGGGCUUUCAGCAUAGUGGAUGCUGAACUGCUGUGGAAGUUGAGUGAGAAGCUUGUCGACCAGAAGCUCUGCUAUUGA